CGGGUGCGCGCAGAGCACGAUGGGACGGGAAGCGCAGCUCUGGAGGACCACAGAGAAGAAGAUGGCUGCGACGGGGCUCGACGGGCCAGCGCCGUACCUCCUGCUCCGAGACGGCUAGAGAGGGGAUAGGGGGGAAAUAUGGGGUCACAGACCCUGCAGAUCCUGCGGCAGGGCGUGUGGGCGUCGGUGACGGGCGGAUGGUAUUACGACCCCCACCAGAACACCUUCGUGAACGCGCUUCACCUUUACCUGUGGCUGCUGCUGCUCUGCCUCCCGUUCACGCUCUACAUGGCCUUGCCCCCCACCAUGGUGAUUGUGGGGAUCUACUGUGGGGUGAUAGCAGGUAUGUUUGUGCUGCUGAAGGCUGUGAAUUAUCGCCUGCACACCGCGCUGGAUGAAGGGGAGGUGGUGGAGCUGCGGGCCAAAGGGAGUGAGGGGCGGGUACAGGGGGCAGAGCACCAACGUGAGGGCACCGGCACCCGGCAAGAACACUCAAACGGGCCUGGGGAUCCAGGGGGUGGAAUAGAGAUGUCCGAUUUUGCACGGGAGGAGACGCCACCGGUCGACUGCAGUUCACGGAACUCUUACGUAGGAAUGGACUCCAGCCAUCAGAUAACCCAUGGAGGCUCAGUCACAACCAAACGGGCAGGUGUUGGAAAGGCUCCCGAUGGUAUUAGUUUGAGUUUGGCUCAGAGUUGCAGUCAUGACCAAGAUUUGAUGUCGGAUCCAAAGAUGUUCUGCCUUGUCUCCAAUGACUCUUUUGCCUCCAUGCAGCCUUCAACCUCAUUGGCUCAGGACCUUUAUGGCUCCACCCCCCACCCUUUCAGUCAGUCUCUGUCCUCUUGUGACACAGAAAUUACUGCCCAUCUUUCCACCCACUCACAGUCAUUCCGCAAAGAGUCAUCUCGACCUCGCGGAUUGCCUCGCACCUCAAGUUCUGCAGGAUCUGCUUUUCCAGAUCCUUCUCUGCCCGAGUUCAGCCUGUACCCUCCACCCCGCCGGGGAGGACUGGAUCCUGUCUGUGAAAUGGAGGCCUCCAGGUCACAGAGGGCGACGGAGAGCUCCGAGCAGCCAGACUCUGGAACUCCCAGCACUUCAGUAACCGAAUUCCACAGAUAUCAUCCGAAGGAGUGCCGCAGGAUAUCACGGUCUGUCUCCCGAGAGGCAGGGGAAGGAGAGUGUGCUGGGGAAGGGGGAUCUGGGCUGUACCAGUCAGAGGGUGUUCAGGGGGGUCGGGAAAGAACAGGUGGACGCAGUGCCGAAAGUUUGCGGAGUUUAAGCACACGUAGCAGCGGCUCCACUGAGAGCUACUGCAGUGGCACAGACCGGGAUACCAACAGCACACUGAGCAGCCUGCACAGUGAGCAGACCAGCUCCACGCACGUAGAAAGCCUGCUAUCGCUGUCUGGGGAUGAGAAGGUAAAUGCGGGACUUGCCGACCCGCGUAACUCUAAUGUUGCCUCGGGGGAGGCUAAUAAAAACCCCCAUGCCAACGAACUUGCCACCAAAUUGCCCACCGGUGAUACUCCCAAACCUGCAAACUCAGAGGGUCAACAGGGGGAGGGGACUGUGGAGAUGGUGUCAAGGACUAGCGUAGAUGUCUCUGCUGGUCUUUCCCACCAGCACCAGGAGGGGGAACCAGACAAAGUGCGAUCCAAAACAGCCAAUCUUGUUCACCGGGCUGCCUCCUCGUCUGCCGCCACCCGGAGUGGUCGGCGACGGAGCGGUAAGCAGCGUGCAAGUAGUUUUGACGCCAGCAGGCACCGGGAAUACAUUUGUGGACGUGGCAUGGCAAAGCCUCGGUCGGCAGUGUUCAUGAAAGGAGAGGAAGACUCCAGUGAUCAGAGCGAACUUAGUUGUGCCUCCAGCCUACACUCCACCCACCAGCUCAGCACAGACUCCUCAUCCAGCACACCCCACUCCUGCCCCUCUCCCGAGGAUCGCCGCGGACCCUCGCUACUGGCCAAAAUGCACGGUGUGCAAACUCACAGUCAGAGAGAUAAGGAAAAGGAACGAAUAAAGGACAAGGAGAAGGGCAAACGCAGAGCUACGCGACGCACACCGAGUACAGGCAGCGCCAAAACUCAUGCUCGGGUCUUGAGCCUGGACAGCAGCACUACUGCUUGCCUUAAUGACCCCCAUCAUUUGGGGGCACCAGCAAGUUCUAGACCCCUUACCACUUCCAAGUCGGACCUGGAGGCAAAAGAGGGGGAGGUGUUGGAUGCGGCAUCCCUGCUGGGAAGGGCCUCUCAGCUUGAGUCAGUGACCCGUUCAAGAAACAGCCUGCCCUGCCCCAUCUCCCUCAGUCACACACAAGACGCAACAACAGGAUCACGGGCGCCAGGGAACGACGACACAGUCACAUUUCGCCGAGAGCGUAGUACGUUUCGUCGGCAAGCAGUGCGUAGACGGCACAACGCAGGAAGUAACUCCACACCCCCCGCCUCUCUCAUCGGAUCCCCGCUCAGUCUGCAGGAGGCUCUGAGUCAGGUAUCUCAAGCUUCAGGGUCACAGGUCAGAGGUCAGCCAUCCCGCACGCCGUCUCAGGUGACGGUAUUGAGCACUAGCGCUUCCCUGCUGGUCAGGAAUGGAAGUGCGCAGCUGGAGGGCUGUCCGGAUAAGGCGUCCACUGUGGGCGUGACCAGUCUGCAGGAUGACUUUGGGAAGCUGACCCCGCCUCUCUAUGAGGUCGGAGGAUGUGACAUGUCCCUGGUGAACUUUGAACCUGCAACCAGACGAGCCUCCAACAACCUCUGGGAAACAGACUCUCACCUCUCCAGUUCUACCUCAGUUCGUUUUUACCCUCAUGACCUGUUCUCGUUUCCUCAGAUGCGUCUGAAUCGGUUGCUGUCCAUGGACCCAGAGCUGUUGGAACAGCACGAUGUGGACGGCAGUCCUGACCUGCAGGAGGCGCCGCACUCCACACAGGGCUCCACACAUAAUCACACACACUCACACGCGCACACGCUCAAAACCAAGCAGUACUACCGCUUCUGGCUGCUGCCAUACCUGUGGGUCGGGCUGCACUUUGACAGACUCACACUACUGGCCCUCUUCGACAGGAACCGGGAGGUUCUGGAGAACAUGCUCUCGGUGGCUCUGGCGGUUCUCGUGGCCUUUCUAGGUUCUGUGCUGCUAGUACAUGGGUUCUUUACUGACAUUUGGGUUUUUCAGUUCUGCCUCGUUAUCGCCAGUUGCCAGUACUCAUUGCUGAAGAGUGUACAACCCGACUCUUCAUCACCCAGACAUGGUCAUAAUCGUAUCAUCGCCUACAGCAGGCCUGUGUAUUUCUGUCUGUGCUGUGGGCUGAUCUGGCUGUUGCACUAUGGGAGUGUAAACAGCAACUCCAGUGCAGUGUCUCUAUAUGGAGUCGCUCUCACCAGCUCCAUCCUGUUGUCUCAAGCGCGGGAUCUCCUCAUUGUUUUUACCCUGUGCUUUCCCAUCAUCUUCUUCAUUGGGCUGCUCCCUCAGAUUAACACUUUUGUCAUGUACCUGCUUGAGCAACUUGACAUUCACGCCUUCGGAGGAAACGCAUGCACCAGUCUGCUCUCAGCUCUCUAUAGUGUUCUGCGCAGCGUCGUCACCAUAACGAUGCUCUAUGGGUUCUGCUAUGGCGCCCUAAAGGACUCCUGGGAUCCUCAGCACAUUCCUGUGCUUUUCUCUGUGUUUUGUGGGCUGUUGGUUGCUGUUUCAUAUCAUCUCAGCCGCCAAAGCAGUGACCCCUCAGUUCUCAUUUCAUUAGUGCAGUCAAAGGUCUUCCCUAACGUAAAAGAGAAAAAUCCGGAGGAUCCCCUUUCUGAAGUGCAGGAUCCGUUACCAGAGAAACUCCGCAGCUCCGUGAAUGAGAGACUACAGUCAGAUGUGAUUGUGUGUGUCGUCAUUGCUGUCCUGUAUUUCGCCAUUCAUGUCAGCACCGUUUUCAUCGCCUUACAGCCAUUUUUGAGCUAUGUUCUGUACGGUCUGGUUGGGGCAGUUGGGCUGUUAACUCACUACCUGUUGCCCCAGAUGAGGAAGCAGUUACCCUGGUACUGCUUCUCGCACCCUCUGCUCAAAACCAGGGAGUACUAUCAGUUUGAAAUCAGGGGUGCUGCCCAUGUCAUGUGGUUUGAGCGUGCACAUGUGUGGCUGCUGUUUGUGGAGAAAAACAUCCUCUAUCCACUCAUUGUGCUUAAUGAGCUGAGUGGCAGCGCACAGGAGCUCGCCAGCCCCAAGAAACUCAACACAGAGGUCGGAGCUCUAGUGAUAACUGUCGCUGGGCUAAAGCUGCUGCGUUCUUCCUUUAGUAGUCCAACAUAUCAGUAUGUCACUGUCCUCUUCACGGUCCUGUUCUUCACGUUUGAUUACCAGCAGUUCUCCGAGACAUUGCUGCUGGACCUUUUCAUUAUGUCCAUCAUUUUCAGCAAGUUAUGGGAGCUCUUUUAUAAGUUGAAGUUUGUUUAUACCUACAUCGCGCCGUGGCAGAUUACCUGGGGCUCUGCCUUCCAUGCCUUCGCCCAGCCGUUUGCAGUGCCACACUCUGCCAUGUUGUUCGUGCAGGCCAUUGUGUCUGCUGUGUUCUCCACUCCGUUAAACCCUUUUCUUGGCAGUGCCAUCUUCAUCAGCUCCUACGUAAGACCUGUGCGCUUCUGGGAGAGAGAAUACAAUACUAAGCGAGUCGAUCACUCCAACACUAGACUUGCCUCGCAGCUCGACAGAAACCCAGGUUCAGAUGAUAAUAACCUGAACUCCAUCUUCUAUGAGCAUUUGACGCGUUCCCUGCAGCAUUCUCUGUGUGGAGAUCUGCAGCUGGGCCGCUGGGGAAACUACAGCACUGGAGACUGCUUCAUCCUGGCAUCUGAUUACCUCAAUGCUCUCGUUCACCUUGUCGAGAUCGGCAACGGCCUCAUCACUUUCCAGCUCAGAGGACUUGAGUUCAGGGGGACGUAUUGCCAGCAGAGGGAGGUGGAGGCGAUAACAGAGGGAGUUGAAGAAGAUGAAAGCUGUUGUUGCUGUGAGCCUGGUCACCUUCCCCAUCUGCUGUCCUUUAAUGCUGCGUUUGGACAGCGCUGGUUGGCCUGGGAGGUUCUGGUCACUAAAUACGCCCUGGAGGGCUACAGCAUCACCGAUAACAGUGCCGCGUCUAUGCUGCAGGUGUUUGAUCUGCGGCGAAUCCUCACCACCUACUACGUUAAGGGCAUAAUUUACUAUGUCAUCGCGUCUCCUAAACUGGAGGAGUGGCUGGCGAACGAAGCCUUAUUGGAGGGCUUGAAGAGCUGCGGAGAGAGAAACUAUGUUGACCUGGAUCCAACCUUUAACCCCAAUAUUGAUGAAGACUAUGAUCACAGACUGGCUGGAAUCUCUAGAGACAGUUUCUGCUCCGUCUACCUCAGCUGGAUCCAGUACUGCAACUCACGGAGAGAGAAGCCACUAGACAGUGAGAAAGACUCUCCAUUGGUUUUGUUGUGUUAUGGUCUGUGUGUUUUGGGAAGGAGAGCUCUGGGAACUGCAUCUCACCAUAUGUCCAGUAAUCUAGAGUCGUUCCUCUAUGGGCUGCAUUCCUUGUUUAAGGGAGAUUUCCGGAUCUCAUCUGUGAGAGAUGAAUGGAUAUUUACUGACAUGGAACUGCUGAGGAAGGUGGUUGUGCCUGGAAUUCGCAUGUCACUCAAACUGCACCAGGAUCACUUCACCUCCCCUGAUGAGUAUGAGGAAUCAUCUGUGUUGUUUGAGGCGAUUUCUUCACACGAGCAGACGCUAGUGAUCGCUCAUGAGGGCGACCCGGCCUGGCGCAGUGCUGUCCUGUCCAACUCUCCCUCUCUGCUCGCCCUCAGACACGUGUUGGACGAAGGGACCAACGAAUACAAGAUCAUCAUGCUUAACAGACGCUACCUCAGCUUCAGGGUCAUAAAGGUGAAUAAGGAGUGUGUGCGCGGUCUGUGGGCGGGGCAGCAGCAGGAAUUGGUGUUUUUGCGGAACCGAAACCCGGAGCGUGGAAGCAUCCAGAAUGCCAAGCAAGCACUACGCAACAUGAUCAACUCUUCGUGCGACCAGCCAAUCGGAUACCCAAUAUAUGUGUCGCCCCUGACAACAUCUUACUGUAAUACACACCCCCAGCUGGGACACAUACUGGGAGGACCAAUCAGCAUCGCCAACAUACGAAACUUUAUCGUCAACACGUGGCACAGGUGUGUGUGUGUGUGGUUGUAUGAGAAAGAAUGGACGUUUUUUGAUUGUCACAAUAACGGCACUUAUGUCUCUCACUGCAGACUGCGUAAAGGUUGCGGUGCUGGCUGUAAUAGUGGCGGGAAUGUUGAAGAUUGUGAUGCAGGUGGCUUGUCGUGUGGCAGUGGGAAUUCUGGGAAUUCUGGGACAGGAGCAAGUGAUUCCCAGCACAGCUCAGGACCUACAGCACUGCACGCUUACACACCUCAUUCUCUGGGUACAAGUCAGAGUUCUCAGUCUGUUCAGUCUGGUUUGGUGCGUCAGUCUCCUGCUCGUGCAUCUGUCGUGAGUCAGUCGUCCUCGUAUCGCCACAGCAGCAGCCGCCAGUCUUCACUCCGCACCUCUGUCACAGGUCUGGAGCCCUGCAGACGCUCCUCCAGCAGCCAGCUAUCUCUCCGUACGCUGCCCACCUCCCUGCAACUCCGCCUGGGCAACGCUUCAGCCGCCAACCCCGACCCGCCCGGCCCAUCCAGCUCUCUCUCUGCCCACUCCAUCCCGCCCUGCAAACGACACGCCCACACACUCGCAGGCCUGCUGGGAAACGAAGCCUUAGGGCUGGGGACGGACAUCCAUCCUCACCCCCAUCAUCAUCUUCACUACAUCCACCAUCAUCAUCACAACCCCUCGCUGUCCUGUCUGAGGAGGGACGACAUCUCAUACAGGGUGCAGAUUGUUGAUGUGAGUCAGGUGUUGGACGUGAUGAAUCAUCCCAAGAGGAAGGAGCUGGUGUGGCCAGAUGAGAGCAUGAGACUGAGAUCUGGACGUAACUUCUGGAGAGAGUGGAGUCCCCUAGAAGGCAUGGAGGGUCAUGUGGUUCAUCGUUGGGUGCCUUGCAGUCGUGAUCCGGUUAGCCGGUCUCACAUUGAUAAGACCAUCCUGCUGGUCCAGGUGGAUGAUAAACUGGUUCCCAUUAUAGAGACGGGAGUGAUUGAACUGGGGGCAGAGGUGUGAGGACACACUCAUCUAAUGUCAGUCCAGAGGAAGAAUGAGGCCACACUUACUUCCAGCUGCUGAUCGGGCGCAGGAAUCCAGGGAAUCGUGCAAAUGGAGAACGUACACACACACACGCUGUAAGAAGCACACUUGCUCGGAUCUGGACAGAAAGCUGCCUUGCUCUGUGUUCCUCGGAUAUGCUGCAUGAGAGAUCAGCUCCUGUAAACUCUUCUCUCUCUUUUUCUCUCCUUUAUGAGCAGCUGCGGUCUCAUUCUGUUUCUUGAUUUCUAUGCAUCUCAUCAGUUGUCUGUAAACACAUGCAAGCUCACAGGGAACACUAAAGCCAAGCUUGAUGUACACGCAGAGAAAGCAGCUUUUUUUUAUUACAGCUAUAAUCAAGUUUUAUUUUGUAUUUUCUGCCAAAAUAAGUCAGGUGCACAGUGCUGCCCUGGACAUGCAGUGAAUCAUGUGACAGACUGUUUUACUAGCUGCCAAGAAGAUUGCGGUGAGGAUGAUGAUGAUGAUGAUAAAACGGAAGCAGGUGCUUCCAGUACAGAGCUCUCUUAUGUCAUCCUUAUUUUUUUAUCCUCAUUUAUUUUGUUGAGGAUCCAUUUGAAAACAAAGAGACAGGUGUUAUGAGAAACUUUAACUUGCACUAUGAUUUGUUUUAUUUUUGUUUUUGAUUUGCAGCUGUGCACUACUUUCUAAGAUCACACAUUAUUUAUUCCUCCACGGUUUAAAUCGCCAUGGUUACCGUUGCCUUUGGAAUGCAAAAUGCGAAAUCGACACAUUCUUUUCUGCCAUUUUGACUUUUUUCUUUAGCUUGAGGACAGAAGUGGUUUUUAACCACAUGUAGUUAUGUAUGAAUAUAUAAAAGUGUCUGUAUAAAGAUUUGGCUUUGAAUAUUUAUUAUUGUAUUUACAUUUUGUUAUAUUGUUUUUCAUUUACGGGACAAAUAAAGACAAUGCAUAAAUAUGUCCUGUA